AUGUUUUCGCGACUUUUCGGCAAGAAACCUAAAGCCCCCGCGGAGGAGAAACAACACACUGAGACAGUUGCGAUGCACACUGUCGAGGUCAGAUGGGAUAACUGGUCUCCACCGGGAGAGAAAGAUGGCACGCACAGAUUCUCUGGCACCUACACAUCUAUAAUUCUAACCCAAAAGCAUCUUGCGAAUCAUGGCAUCCUUCCCCACAGCGGCAAAGACAUCACAAAAGCCGUGGCCGUCGAAGCACUCACCAAAGCCUUCAACGUUGACCCCAAAAUAGCGAACGUCUUCGCAGCAAGCGGCAUCUUCGCUAAUCCCAACCAUGAUGCACACUCAUUCGACCUAAACCAUGUCAGCAAGCACAAUUAUAUCGAGCACGAUGCUUCGCUAAGUCGUGAUGAUGCUGCCUUUGGCGGAGGCGAGAAGUUCCACCAAGAGUCGUUCGACAUGGUGCUCAAGACGUAUCGCGAAGCUCAUCCAGGAAAGACUGAUGAUGAAAUCAUGACGGACUGGAUGACUGCGGGACAUGCGAGGUGGGCGAGGGUUCUGGCGAGUAAGCAGAAGCAUGAUGAAGCGGAGAAGACGUGGAUUUAUGGGAUCAAAGAGGCGAUCAUGAGUUAUGGUGAGACGUCGCUGUAUCUCAAUCUGCUGGGAAAGGAUGGGGUCGCGCCGUUGAAGUGGGUGAAGAUUUUCUUCGAACAAGAACGUCUUCCGCAUGCUGAAGGAUGGAGGCCGCCGACGAAGUUCGAUCAGGCCGACCUCAACCACGGUUACUCGGAGAUGAUGAAAGGUGGUGAGCAUGGAGUUGAGGAAGCCAAGUUGGUCGGUAUAGGGACGCUGGUUGGUUUGAAGGCGGCCAUCAUGGGUCUAGGAGCGAGCUUCAUCAAGGCUCCAUCUGCACAUUAG